AUGUCUAACCUUGAAGACCUACGGAAGCAGUGGUCUGAGCUCUACGCGCAUACCCUUCCACAACUUGCCAAAAUUCGCGAUCCCGCUCAAUCAAGGUGGCCUGUAACUCCAGACCACUGCUUUGCUAGAAUAAUUCUUGACAAUACAGUCGGUGACGGUCAGCGACAAUGGGACGCAGUGAUAGAAAGGCCGGCAAUUAAGAACAUGACUGAGCAGCAAUUACGGAAAGCCAUUGCCUUAGGCGAACAAAUCAAAGCAGGAGAAGUUGACCUUUGUCAGUUGGACAAGAUCAGCCUAAAAUGCAGAGAAAAGACCGCGGGAAUGUUCAGUGAUGUAACAGCGGGUGAAUCCCAGGUGCAAACCGGACAAGCAGACCAAUCAAUUGGCAGACAUAAGCGGUCUUUGAGACAAGUUGGCGAAACAAAGGAAAUUUCAAACAAAAAGGCAAAGCCAGAGAAAAGACAAUCUCAGUUACACUUUGGCGCCAACAAGGAUUCAACAAACUCACCAUUUCCUUCAACUCCUUCCUCAGAUCGCGAAUUAAAGCAUCAGGAAAAUGCGGAAGAUAUAAAACAAAUCCUCCAUCGCAUUCGGUCACAUCCUUCGCUUACUCCAUAUAGGAAAAAACUUUACACUGCUCUAUUGUCUGUUCCACGAGGUCGAUAUACGACUUACGCAGCAAUGUCUGACUACCUUGAUUCUUCAGCUCGAGCUGUGGGGAACGGAAUGCGCAACAACCCCUUCGCUCCUGAUGUACCUUGUCAUCGCGUUCUGGCAGCGAACGGUACAAUUGGCGGAUUUCACGGCGACUGGGGAAGGAAUGGCAAAUAUGCGGACAAGAAAAUUGAGCUACUGCGAAGCGAGGGAGUAAGGUUUGAUGCCAGCGGGAAAGUUGUCGGCGAACCAUUUAGAAAAUUUCACACCUUCCACGACAUUCAAUAA